AUGAGCAGAAUGAGUGCCUCCGAGGAUAAACACAUACCCGUUACCAUUGUUAGCAUUGACUCAGGUCAAUUAUCUGGCCUGCAAUUUCCGAACAACACGCUUGCAUUUCUCGGAAUUCCCUAUGCUGCACCACCCAUCUCCUCGUUACGCUGGCGUCCACCACAGCGUCCUCUUCCAUGGACUGGUGUUCGCUCGGCUGUAAACUUCGGUCCUAGCGCCGUGCACUUCCCACCGCCGCCUAGGUCGCUGUACUUCGGUGGGGAGACCGACUUCAACGAGGACUGUCUGUAUCUGAAUGUGUGGACUGGCUCUAAUUGCGAAGGUAAAAGACCAGUGUUACUUUGGUUCCAUAUGGGAGCUUUUCAAUUUGGGAGCGGCUCCAACCCGUUGUAUGAUGGUCGUAAGCUUGCCGAGGAGGGGAUCACGGUUGUUACUGUGAAUUAUCGGCUUGGGAGGUUUGGUUUUUUGGCGCACUCCGAGUUGACUGCCGAGUCAGAGUAUCAAGCGAAACUAUGGUAUCAUGGACCAAAUUGCUGCGCUGGAGUGGGUACAGCGGAAUAUUCGGUUCUUUGGGGGAGACCCAAAUAA